GGCCCGUCAUCCACCAUCGAUUCUCAUUCAUUGUAUCAUCGUUAUUACUCCCUGAAUCGCACCUGUUCGGGUCCCGUAUCACGCUCUGAACUUGCUACAAAGUGAGCUGGAGGUGGAGUCCGCUUAGCUGACCGCCUUUCCAUAUGCCACGAUCUACUGCGCGUGCUGCUACCACGCAGGGCGACCUCUCAACCCUGAAGGGGAGUCCGCCUCAGAGACGAUGGACAAGAAGUCAGAGUCGGGAAAUCGAGGCUCAGCAGUAUAUGGUACCUGCCGGCCAAUCCUCUCCCGAAGGCAGGAAGAAAGGAUGGAAGAAUAAGGGGCGAAAUGGCUUGGGCGUCGUCGUCGAAGAAUCACCCUUAAAAUCAUCUAUUAAGUCGGGGUUUCGUGCUAGCCAGGUAAUCCCUGAAUCCCCGGAAGAUGCGCACAACAUCUCCAUGUCGGGUACCACCAUUCUGGAGCCAGAAUUUGAUCCGGAGUCCGAGGAUGCCCUCGACCCGGAACUGAUGCUCGAGGCCCUGCCAGAUUUGGAGAGGGUUGCGAUGAACGUCCUGGAUUUCCUACUCCAGGAUUCUGCGGAUCAAGCCAGUAUGCUCAGCAUGGUGAAGCGACUUGCGGAUCCUAGAAACACCCAAAGCAAACGUCUUACCCGUUCGAAAAUGAAGUUGAAGGAAGAAGCCAGAAACUUUGGAGGUAAAACGUAUAUUGAUGUCUUGCAAACUAGCAAUUUGAUUUCGUCACGCUUGGCCAGCAAAGACGGAGUCGAGCCGAACUGGAGCCCUGAGCCUAUCCUCCAUCGCGCUAAUUGUGCUCGCUUUGCACUGGAAGUGCUUCUGGCUAGUGGAGAUUCAACCAAUCAGGCAAUCAGAAAUUUGGAAAGUCUAUUUCCAUUACCUUUUAUGAAUGAUCUCGUCCGUGAUGGCCAGCGCGGUACCGUUGGGAAAAGCGCGCUUGAAAGGGACACGUUUGCUCUUGCCUUAGAGAUUCGCACCCGGUCCUUGAUCAUGCAGCUGGAGGAGCACCAAAAUAGCCAUGACUUUGAUCCCCAUGCUAUUCUGCAAGAUGGUUUCUUCCUGAUCGCAUCUUCCGGCGAAGAUUUGGAGAGCAGCGAUGGGCCCCUUCGUGGGUUUAACCCGGACAAGCUGGGCGGUGCAGACGGGUACCUUCCCGACCCUUUCAAAGACACGGCAUACAGUCGUUUCGAGGAUAUGCGUGACACCUUAUUAGAGCAUGAAGAUGGUAUCGAGGUGCUGAAACGCUAUUUUAGCUGGCAGAAAUUUCUUUCGCGAGCAUCUCAAUGGGUCCGCAAACGAUGUGAGGAAAUCAACCAAAACCUGAAGCGCCAGCAGAGUGCAGAAGAUAUGCGCGAAAAGUUCUUUGCCGAACCGAAAAAGGACCGUCGCAGUCUGAGCAGCGUGGCGGCACGCUCUGAAUUUACACCCCGGCGUACGGAAGAAAGAAGCGAACGGGGUACGGUCGCGCCUGUUGACAGCCGAAGAGAUUCUGCGAUUCCUUCUGAGACUCAAAGAGAGAUACCGACCGUCGUUGAGCCCAAAGAACGGAGAAAGUCUGGGAAGCCGUUCUUCCUGAACGAAGCGUCUAUAGAACGGAUGAAGCAGAGACGGGCGCGUCGACAAUCUGACGUCGUUGUGAGGCCGGGCUCACAAACUGUACCUGAGGAAUCCCAGCUUCGGCGCCAAACACUACCUGCACCUCGGCAAGCGAGACCUUCAUCGCCGGAAGAAACCACUGAAGUACCGGCUUCCCGCGACGCAUCCCCGACUCUGCUCCAUGACGAACCGGAGUUUACCUUGGACGAUGAAUCUGAGCUGUUUGUUGGCGAGCGCUCACAGUUAGAAAAAUCGCGCAGUCCUGUCAUGGUCCGUAACUCACGCGAGCCCCGCCACGAGACGGUCAGUCCUGUACGGAGCAGGCUCUUCGCAUCUCAGUUGCGCCGAGAGACGACCUCCACGCAGGCUAGCAAUGCCUCCCGUCUGAUACCCUCAAGCCUGGAUUUGUGGAAAGCAGCCAUGGCCGACGGCUCUCCAGGACCUUCUAGGAAACGUCAACGGUCCGAUCGCGCAGCAUUUAUCGACCGCCAGACGAAUGCACACCGCGUUUCACCAAUCAGCCAUGGAAACGAUCGAAGCGUUGAAAGGCGCCGCAACGAACGCCCGUCCAAGAAACGGAGACGCAGCGAAUCAGAAGACCAGGACGAGGACGAAAGCGACGAGGAAUUCAGCAACUACAACCGCUCCGUCGAUAUCGCACGCAAGCGCGCAGAGAAACCGAAACAGCCCCAAUCGAAGCGCCAAAAAGUUAGAGAGAAUGAAGAUGAGUCAGCAGCUCAAUUACAGGACGGCCUAGAAGAAACCACACGCUCCACUACCGUUCCUGAAUCACCUGAUGCAGCGUCUAAGAGCAAAAGUCCAGCGCCGGUCCCCGUAUCAUCCAGUGCCAGGCACACUGUCACUUCGACUAAGGCGCAGAUGCGAUGGACACCGUCCGAAGACGCGCGCCUGAUCCGGUUGAUUGAGGAAACCGAUCUGGGGGGACCCAAGGGCUCUGGGUGGUGCAAGAUCGCUCAGAAAAAUGAGGCUCAGUCAGUGCUAAAAGGCGAAUCCCGAAUUGAGGGCCGAGGCCAAGUUCAGCUGAAAGAUAGAGCGAGAAAUUUGAAGAUCAAAUUUCUUCGAGAACAAAAGCCUCUCCCUAGGCAUUUCAAAUAUGUUACCAUGAAAGAAAAAGACGUCGCCAUGCUCUUGAAACGAGGUAUUGACGUAUCCCGAGCGUCGAGGGAGCAGAAUGACGAAUGAUUCAACGCCCUUGCUUGAUCGUUGCGCGUUUCACUUGCCUGUAUAGCCGGAGUUGAGAGAUACCCCUUUAUAUGCGCUCUAUUUGAGUAUAUUGGUUAAAUGAUGGUUAUGUUUCCCCAUUCUAGCCUUAACUUUAUUGGGCUAUGGUCCUUACAUUAAUAGACUUAAUUGUUAUCUUCUCGAAUGAUAUUGUUCAACAAUAUUAUGAUUAUAGCCAGCGGAUCGGGUA